CCACGCUUUGCUUAUGUCACCACUACGCAUGCGCCAUGAAAGGAGGGACGCGCUUUCGGGGAAGGGCAGGGGUGGGCCUUGGCCGGGGUCUCACCGCGACUGCGCGGAAGGGAGCCGGACUGUAACAUGGCGACUUGCGCUGAAAUCCUGCGGAGCGAGUUUCCCGAAAUUGACGGACAGGUCUUCGACUACGUAACCGGCGUCUUGCACAGCGGCAGCGCGGACUUCGAGUCCGUGGACGACCUGGUGGAAGCUGUGGGGGAACUGUUGCAAGAGGUGUCCGGGGACAGCAAGGAUGACGCGGGCAUCAGAGCCGUGUGUCAGCGCAUGUACAACACUCUGCGCCUGGCCGAGCCGCAGAGCCAGGGAAACAGCCAGGUGCUGCUGGACGCCCCCAUCCAGUUGUCAAAGAUCACGGAGAACUACGACUGUGGCACCAACCUUCCAGGGCUGCUGAAGAGGGAACAGUCCUCGACAGUGAAUGCAAAGAAGCUAGAGAAGGCUGAGGCUCGACUAAAGGCAAAGCAGGAGAAACGUUCAGAGAAGGACACACUCAAGACCAGCAACCCUCUAGUCUUGGAAGAGGCAUCAGCCAGCCAGGCAGGCAGCAGAAAGGAGAGUCGGUUGGAAUCAUCUGGCAAGAACAAAUCCUACGAUGUGCGAAUUGAGAACUUUGACGUGUCUUUUGGCGAUAGGGUGCUGCUGGCUGGUGCAGAUGUGAACCUGGCAUGGGGCCGCCGCUAUGGGCUAGUGGGCCGGAAUGGGCUGGGGAAGACAACAUUGUUGAAGAUGCUGGCCACCCGGAGCCUGCGAGUCCCAGCCCAUAUUUCCCUGCUGCACGUAGAGCAGGAGGUUGCUGGAGAUGACACCCCUGCCCUGCAGAGUGUGCUGGAGAGUGACACUGUACGAGAAGACCUCCUGCAGCGAGAGCGGGAGCUCAGUGCCCAGGUUGCUGCUGGCAGGGCUGAGGGCUCAGAAGCUGCACAGCUGGCAGAAAUCUAUGCCAAACUGGAGGAGAUUGAGGCUGACAAGGCACCUGCCAGGGCAUCAGUCAUUCUUGCUGGACUUGGCUUUACCCCUAAAAUGCAGCAGCAGCCCACCCGGGAGUUCUCAGGUGGCUGGAGGAUGAGACUGGCCCUGGCCCGGGCCCUGUUUGCUAGGCCAGAUCUUCUGCUGUUAGACGAACCCACAAACAUGCUGGAUGUAAGGGCCAUCCUAUGGCUGGAGAAUUACCUGCAGACGUGGCCCUCCACAAUUCUGGUCGUCUCCCACGACCGAAACUUCCUGAAUGCCAUAGCCACAGACAUCAUCCACCUGCACAGCCAGCGGCUAGAUGGCUACCGGGGAGACUUUGAGACCUUUAUCAAAAGCAAGCAGGAGCGACUACUCAACCAGCAGCGUGAAUAUGAGGCACAGCAGCAGUAUCGCCAGCAUAUCCAGGUUUUCAUUGACCGGUUUCGCUACAAUGCCAACAGAGCCUCUCAAGUACAGAGUAAACUCAAGAUGCUGGAGAAGCUGCCAGAGCUGAAACCCGUGGACAAGGAGCUGGAAGUAGUGAUGAAGUUCCCUGAUGGGUUUGAGAAGUUCUCACCACCAAUUCUGCAGCUGGACGAGGUGGAUUUCUACUAUGAUCCUAAACACGUCAUCUUCAGCCGUCUCUCCGUCUCUGCUGAUCUUGAAUCCCGCAUCUGUGUGGUUGGGGAGAAUGGGGCUGGGAAGUCUACCAUGCUGAAGCUGCUUAUGGGGGACCUAACACCUGUUCGAGGCAUCAGACAUGCUCACCGGAAUCUGAAGAUUGGCUAUUUCAGCCAGCACCACGUGGAACAGCUGGACCUGAACGUCACUGCUGUGGAGCUGCUGUCACGCAAGUUUCCUGGACGGCCUGAGGAGGAGUAUCGUCACCAGCUGGGCCGAUAUGGCAUCUCUGGAGAACUGGCUGUGCGCCCUGUUGCCAGCUUGUCUGGGGGCCAGAAGAGCCGGGUAGCCUUUGCUCAGAUGACUAUGCCCUGCCCCAACUUCUACAUUCUGGAUGAACCCACAAACCACCUGGAUAUGGAGACAAUUGAGGCUCUUGGCCGUGCUCUCAACAAUUUCAGGGGCGGCGUGAUUCUGGUAUCCCACGAUGAGCGCUUCAUCAGGCUGGUGUGCCAGGAGUUGUGGGUGUGCGAAGGAGGCGGCGUCACCCGGGUCGAGGGGGGAUUUGACCAGUACCGUGCUCUUCUCCAGGAACAGUUCCGCCGUGAGGGCUUCCUCUAGGCCCAACAAGCUGAGGGCUAUGCCCAGGACAUGGACUGGUCUCUCAGACCCCUGGGCCACCAUGUAGGCAACCAUCUCCAGGCCACGGACCUCCCCUGACUUUGGGGACAGCCUUAUUCCCAAAUCUCUCCUUUUGACUGGAGCAUGCUCUGCACAAUCCAGGGAACCACAUCUUAGGGUCUGUGAGGACUGGUCUUCUAAGUGGAAGGGGUAGGGGGGUACCCUCUGGGGUUAUAGUCCUCCACUGCCCCAGCUCUGACUGGGCCCCAGGUGGCUGCUGUGUAAAUUAAAUCUUCUUGCCUCAUCUCUGCUGUUCCCUGGCAGGGCUGCAGUGUGUUAAGGGGUGUGGGCUCUCUGAUUUGUUAUUCUCCUGUGACAUUUGUAUCAAUCACAAAGAGGAGGUUAUAGCAUCACCAGCCUUGACCCUGGAAGGAGACAUCACUAAAGCCACUGGGGCUCAGAGGUCACCUGCCUGACCUUGCAGUGGGCUGGGCUGUUGAAUGAAGGGCAGUGUGUUACAUCACUGUGGGCUUGGCCUCACUGCUUAAGAGAGUGAACUGAUUCUGUAAUCCUGCAGCUUUAGACAUGGUUUGUCAUCUGCUUUCUCCUGUGGUCUCUGGCCCAGGCUCACCCUGCUUCUCUGAUCUGGACCUUCAGAAGGGGCUGAAGAGAAAUUGUCUUUGUCCCUGUUUUGCUUGGGUGGUUUCUUUAUUUUUCCCUCUAACCAUGUAAGAGGGGCCUGGGAAGAUAUUGAAAAUGGUGUCUAAUGGGAAGAAAUAGAGCACUUUGUUUUCAAAUUAAGCAGUCUUAAGUGUGGGGUGGGAUGUUUCACAGAGGUAAUCAGAUUUAUAAAUAUUGUUUCUCGAGGGCUCAGCUGUAUAUGUAAUUGUUAUACAGAAGACACUGACAUAGAGACAUUGUGUUGCUCUCCGUGAUGAUGGAGGAAACCAGUCAACUGAAGGAACUUGCUGGCUUCAUGGAGAAUUAUAGUCACAAAGCUCAACCAAGGAAUGUUAACUCAGCUGGUGAGGUUAUUAUAGUGCAGGUAGGUGGAGGGAGAUACCUGUUUUUGGAGUAAAGGAGAAUAAAGACA